UAAGCGAGGAUCUGGAGGCUCGACCAGUUGCUGUUUGGAGACGGAGUAUAUUUCGCGGUAUCCCACUCACGUGCUUGUUCCGAGAAAUUUACAGUCAUUGACCGAUAACUGGAUCCAGAAAAGGAUAGGAAAGGAUCAGAAGCUGGAGCGAUCGCGGGAGUCGGCAGUCGUACGUAGAAAGUGUUAAGAGAAAGAAGAUCUUCCAGACAUGGCCGUACCCACGGAACAUGCUGUUAAUGAGGCUAUACAGGUACUACCGUUGGUACUUUCGGAUGGCAUAAGACAACGGAAGAUCCAGCAGAAAUUGGCACAACUACAAUUUUCGGCCUCUACUAUAAGGAAGAUACAGGAUGUUUUCAUCUCGGAAAUGAAUAGAGGAAUUCAUCAACAGCCAUCGUCGCUGCAGAUGGAGAACACUUACGUGCCGGAACUUCUCGAUGGAACAGAAGAAGGCUUAUAUUUGGCGUUGGAUUUGGGAGGCACAAAUUUCCGAUUGAUUCUUUUGGAACUGGCCCAUGGCACACCUAUACGCGAAGAAGUGAAGAAAUACCACAUUAGCUUUGCUUUGAGAGUAGGCUCAGGGAUUCAUCUGUUUGAUUAUAUAGCAGAAUGCGUCAGCGAUUUCGUCAUUGCACAAGGUCUUCAGGAUGUAGAGCUUCCCCUUGGAUUUACCUUCUCCUUCCCGAUGAUUCAACAUUCGCUGGAUACUGGGAUAUUAGUGACUUGGACUAAAACAUUCAAUUGUCCCGACGUUGUCAACAAGGAUGUCGUUAGACUGCUUCGUGAAGCUUUGGAUCGUCGAGGAGACAUAAAGGUGAAAAUCGUAGCAAUUUUGAACGAUACCACAGGAACAUUGAUGCAAGGAUCAACCUUAGACCCGGAUACUGCAAUUGGACUUAUAUUAGGCACUGGUAGCAACGCUUGUUAUCUUGAACGAGCUGACAGAGUCAAGCACUGGGAGACUGAGAGACACGGAGAACGUGAAGUCAUUAUCGAUAUCGAGUGGGGUGCAUUUGGAGAUAACGGUGUUCUAGAUUUCAUAAAGACAGAUUAUGAUCGCGAAAACGAUGCGAAUUCGCUUAUGGUAAAUUCAUUUACGUUCGAGAAAUAUAUUAGUGGAGAAUACCUGGGUGAGAUAGUGCGAGUGGUGCUCGCAAAAUUAACCAAAGAAGGUCUUCUAUUCACAGAGGACCAUACAACUGGAUCUCUUUUAGUUCCGGGCAAUCUCACCAGUGAUUUAGUAUCUGAUAUUGAGCGAGACUCUGUGGACGGUGGUGAUAGGAAUACGAAAGAAAUUCUAAUGAAAUUCGGUAUCGUUCCGGACGAAGAGGAUGUUAAAGUUGUACAGUAUGUUUGUGAAUUACUGUCUAAUCGUGCGGCCCUUCUUGUUUCGUCAUGUUUAGCAGUUUUGUUAAAACGAAUAGACAAGGAUCACGUCACAAUUGCUGUAGAUGGAUCUCUCUACAAGCAUCAUCCUCGACUAGAAAUAUGGAUGAAACAGUAUAUUUCAUUGUUAGCUCCUGAUCAUAAAUUUAAGAUGAUUCAUGCCGAAGAUGGAAGUGGAAAAGGUGCUGCACUUACUGCUGCAAUUGCACGAAGGCUGCAGAAAAGAUUAAACUAGUACUAGCUGAAAAUUUCAAAUAUAUUGUCGUACUGAUCGACAUUUAGCCUUUUAUGAAGUUUUA